AUGGAUCAUGAAAGUAAUUCUGAGAUUUUCUAUUCAAAUUUUGAAUAAAAACCAGAAAUUCCCUUUGAUCAAUUUAUAGAAUUUUAACCAAGUGAUAAUAAUAAUUAAAAAAAUAAUUCUGGAGCAUCUGAAAUAGAAACUUAGAAAAUAAACAAAAAAAAAAGUGAGAAUAACUAUAAAAAUUUUCCUAAACUGAUAGGAAAUAAUUUUGUAAAAUGGAUAAAAAAAUAAAAAAAAUGUUAAGGUGUGAUUGGCAUAUAAAAAUUAAUAAAAUAAAGAAAAGAAUCUAAAUAGGCAAAUUUUAAAAUAAAAGAUCUUUAAGAAUUAUGUAGUGAUGAAGCUUCAAAAUAAGUUUUUUAAGAAUUUGUUUUGGAUGAGUUAUUCUUAAAUUUAAUAAAUAGCAAUAAAAUUGAAGAUUCAUUUUCAUAUGUUGCAGGAAUAAGUAAUUAUUAUUCUGCAGCUUAAGAACCUGAAAAAAUGAAAAGCAAUUACUUAACCAGAUAACUUUUUACAGAUCUCUUAAAUAAUACUCAUUGA